AUGGCCCUCGACACGAAAGGUCCCUUCAGGCUUCUUUCGCACGUACAGUCGAGUCUACAUGGGCUUCAGUGUGUCGAUCUCGUAGAGUGUGCGGCCUCCGGUCGUUUAUAUAUCGACAAAAAUACUCUUUUGACAUCAUGCACUCCUGAAGGUCGGAUUGCAUGUGCUGCUGCGUUGCAUGAAUUAGACUUGCAUUUUUCGGUCAUCAACGCUCAUAACGUCGUCAAGAUGGAAUUCCACUUGCUGCAAGGAGAGCGACUUCAUCUUUAUCACGAAUACUGUAAUCGUGGUGACUUGCUUGAAAUCAUACAACAGGAAAUUCGUCUUCAAGUGGCAGGUGUGACCCCUCAAGCCUCUUUCGUGACAACUAGUACUGAUUCUGGAAGACGCUUUAUUUUUUUUUCCAUACUACAAGGUGUAAACGCGCUGCACUCUGCUGGAGUUGCUCACAUGGAUUUGUCGUUAGAAAAUGUCUUUGUUACAGAUUCAGGCGUAGUCAAGGUUGGAGACUUGGGUCACGCCCUGCGAUUUCGGUCAGAUAAACCAAACGUGCGAAUCUCCCAAGUCGCAAAAGAAGCUUAUGCUGCACCCGAAUUGUUAAGUCACAACGAGAUCGACGAUGCGCGCUGCGCUGAUGCCUGGUCUCUUGGUGUCAUUCUUUGGACUCUUUGCACGAAGCAAGCCUUGUUACACCGCGCGUCGCUCGAAAGUGACAGAGUUUUCUGCCAAAUGGUGGAACAUGGCACUACUACCACUCUUCAAGAAACGGAUCUCUUAUCCAAUAUACCAGCAUCUUGCAUAGAUCUACUUGUUGGUCUUCUCGAUGUGAAUUCGAGAACGAGAAUUUCAGUAGCGGCUGCGUUGCAACAUCCGUGGGUAAGGCAAGAGACUGCAACACCCAAGCAGCAUCCUCGACGAAUGUCGAUUGGCCACGUGAUGAAGAAGAAAAGUGAAGCAUUGAUUAAGAUAAACCAGCAUCUUGCUGAGAAAGCGCUUCUUGCUCGCCCAAAUAGUGCUGAAAUCGCACUCGACUUGACCCGUAUCACUCUUAGAUCUCGAAAUUUAGCUUAG